CCAUUCUAAGUGGUACGGGGCAGAAGGAAAGAGCGGGUUGUUGUGGAAACACCGGGACUCAGCUUCACAGAGACAGACCAAAGGAUCUGCCCUGGUUUGAUGGCAGCCACCGCCGGUGCCCGCAGGUUACCCAUGGGUGUGCGGACAUUCAGUGACUAUCUGCAGAUUGCCGCUGUGGGCUCCUCUCGGUCGGCUCGGACAGCGGUGCCGAGAGCAUGCAUGAGACAAAACAUCAGGCACUUGUCAUCAUGUGGCAUUUUGAUGACGAGAACUCCCAGGCUGCUUUGCCUCCAAGAUUUGGACACAAUGGCGGCUGUUUCCCAAAGCAGAAACUUCAUCAGCCUCACCAACAAAAGGAAGGAGUACUCCGAGCGUAGGAUACUUGGGUAUUCUAUGCAGGAGAUGUACGAUGUUGUGGCCAAUGUCGAUGAUUACAAGCUUUUUGUGCCCUGGUGUAAGAAGUCCGAGACCAUCAUGAAAAGAGCUGGCCACUGCAAGGCUCGUCUCGAAGUGGGAUUCCCUCCGGUGGUGGAGAAAUACACGUCUAUGAUCACCUGCGUCCGACCCCAUCUAGUCAAAGCAGUGUGCACUGAUGGAAAGCUGUUCAAUCACCUGGAGACGAUAUGGCGCUUCAGUCCUGGCAUUCCUGGUUAUCCUCGCACCUGCACAGUAGACUUUUCUAUAUCCUUCGAGUUCCGCUCUUUGCUGCACUCCCAGUUAGCCACCAUGUUCUUCGACGAGGUCGUAAAGCAGAACGUUGUCGCGUUCGAGCGUCGAGCCGGUAAGCUGUACGGCCCAGAGACUCGUAUCCCCCGAGAGCUGAUGUUCCACGAGGUACAUCAGACGUGAUCCCAGCCGCUGUAAUGUCCUCAACAUUCGGCCUUAAAACCCAUACCGCCAUGCCAACCUUUUAUUCCCCCUCUCGCUCUCUCUCUCCCCACUCACACAAACUUGCAUGAUGCUGCUUAGUCGCCAAACCCCCUUCGAGUCUUCGCCGCUGCACAGACAUCAUAGCGGCUCCUGAAGACGUUGACAUUCAAAACUCUUGUAAAGCGCAAUGUUGGAAUAUCGAUCUUUUUUUAAUUUUUAUUCCAGCCUCGACAAAUUCUCGUUCGUCUCCUCCUCCUUCGUCUUUUAUGUUAAGUCUUUCUUUCUACCUACACUGAAUGGAUCCACGUUUACCUGAAGGAGCCCCGCCAUUGCUCUCGCUCCAUGGCAAUUAUGAGCUGUAUUUAUGUAAAAAUAAUAAUAAUAAUAAUAAUAAAAAACAGUAAAUAAUUGCAAUAUCAUGUUAUCAAUGAUAGAAUCCACUAUUAUUUUAAACAAACAGCACAAGAACACUGAAAAAAACACACUUUUUUUUUGUACGAGAGGCACAGGCAGAGGCUCUUUGAUCCAGACUUUUGCUCUGGAUAAAGUCUUUAUAGCUCGAUGACACGUUAUCAAGUCAGUCUCACUUCGACACUUGGAUCAUCUGAUUAUACUGUAUCAGGCAAGCGUUAUUCUCUUUUGCCUUUACUUUUAUUUUCAAUUUAGGUUUUAAUAUAUUGUUUGACAUGUAGGCAGUGAGCUCAGAGCAAAACUUUAGGUCCUUUUUUAUUUAUUCAGCUGCGGUUUAUGUAAAUUAAAUGUUGUUGUCGGGGUUCAAAUUAAAUGUGCCAUGUUUGGGACAUUGAGAGAGUGUUGUUACUGUAUGUUGUGACAAUUUCAUUGAAGUGCAACUUUUUUGCAAAGGGGAAAAAAGUUUUUUUUUUUUUUCUUUCUUUUCUUUUCUUUAUCUUUCUUUUUUCUUUUUUUUCAUUAGCCAACUGUGACCUCAGUCGACUUUGAGGUUUUGGGACAUUUAGCUUUAACUUUGGCUCUUUUGUUGUGCAGUGAAGAUUGUGUUUUUGGACAUUGAGACUUGGCCUGCCAAUUUUUUAAUAAUGUUUUAUUUUACAGCCCAGCAGAAGGUUAACAAACCCGAGGGAAUCUAACUGCUAAACCAAAGUCACUUAAAUGAAUACAAGCACAGUUUAGAGCCAAUUCUCUAAAUGGGAUAACAAGAAAAAAGUUUGAUAGAAUAACUAACUUUACAUAUGAUAAAUAUUUAGUUUGAUUGUACAAACACUAAACGCUAAAGAUAAGACGUUAAAAUUGCAUUUCUGUAAUUCAGAUGAUCACAUUUAACACUGCUUUAAAUAAUGCAGUGUUGUACUAGAUGGAAAGUUUAAAAAACAAACAGUUAAGGGCUGCAGCUACAGAUUAGUUUCAUCAUCAGUUAAUCUACUUUUUUCUUUUUAAAUGAGUAGUUUUGUCUGUAAAAUGACAGAAAACAUUAAAAAAAGGCCAAAGUGAUAUCUUCAAAUGUAAAAAACUCAAACAUGUUCAGUUAACCAUCACAGAAGACUUAAAAGAAACCAUCAAAUAUUCACAUUUGAGAAGCUGGAACGGCUGGAUUUACCAAGACAAAUCCUUCAUUUAAAGACUUCUCUCACCUCUAAACCAGUUGUUAAAUAUUAGUCAUUACUGGAGUGAUAACCAGCAGCAGCAGCAGCAGCACUGUAUCACAUGUUGUAUAUCGUGGUCCAUUCAUCCAUCUGAAGAACAGCACACAUUAAUCUUCUGUCAUGUACAUUAUUCAGUAGUUAAAUAUUACUCUUGGGCUGUAGAAUAAAACAUUAUCAAUCAUUUAUCAUUGUCUAUGGGUUUCAUGCUUAUUACUUUUUUCUUUUUGGAAAGUUUUAGCUUUUAUUUAUAUUCAUUAUGCAUGGAUGUAACUUAACACAGACGCAAAUAGUUACUACAUGCUGUUUCUGUGUUACAUUAUUAGGGCAUGUGUACAUCAUUUUUUGUUGGGAUUUAUAUUAAAUAUCUAAGCAGCCCUUUUUUCUUUUUAUUCCAUGCUUAAGGGCUCAUAAUUUGCCAAAAAGGUCAAUAAAAGAAGUCGCUCACAGUGUAUUUACAGUAUUGUGUCCACAUGCUCCCAAGUCUCAUACUCCAAAUAAAACUGAACUGUGGUCGAGCACUUUUUUUUUUUUUAAAGUUGGAUUUUGUGGCUUCAGUGUUGGUUUAAUUUGGUCCGUUAAGUGUGAGGUGAUUGGCAAUGAAGGGAUACUUAACCAUCAAUGCAUGAAGAAUGUGUAUUAAAUCAACGUGGGUCUGUGAAUUACUAUUACAUAGUAAUUAAAAAUAAAAAAAACAGCUUAUAGUGUAAUUUAUUAGGAGAGUGUUAUAUUUUUAAGCGAUUAAAAUAAAAAGUCUAUUUAACACCGUUUCUGGGAUGCUGUUCAGUGGUCAGAUAUGGUGUAAAUGUUGUCGAUAAUGUUGCAUCAUGUAAGAAUCUCCACUUCUGAGUUGUGUUUUUUUCCCCCCUCUCCAUUAUUGCCACUUACAGAUUCAACUUCAUGUUUCACUCUGUAUCAUUGUUGGUGCUAAUUCAGUGCAAAUCAGAAUCACACAGAAGAAAAAAAAAAUAUAUAUAUAUAUAUAUAUAAGCAACUUUUCCUGCAUUUCCACAUUCAUUGCAGGUGUAGGAUGGAUCAUCUUGUCUUAUACUGACAGCCUGGUGUUUAUACUAUAUAUAACAGGGCUGAGGAGUUGCUACAAUAGAAGAUAUUGUUUUACGUUGCAGGCUAAAGAUGUAUCAUUGUAAAUACUGUCAGUGCAUUUCAGAGCUUUUAUUUAAAUUAAAAAAAAGAA